AACAGUAAGAGUUUUCCAGCAUUUAUUGCACUUUAUUGCUUCCUGGAUCAUUUAAAAGAAGUCACUGACAAACAAUCGUUUACACAGGCUUGAAAGUUUAGCACGGAUGUAGUGAGCAGUUCAGUCGUGAGCACUAUUUCAAAAUGCAGACAAACUUUCUUUCCCAGCAAUUUAAUGCUGGUUCUUUGGCAGAAAACUCCACGGCUUGUCCGGCAAAUGCUACUAUUUGUGAUGGUACAUCUUGCGUAUUACCAGAAGAUAAUUUUAAUCGAACAUUGAGCGUAGUUUUAAGUACUAUUCUAACAAUCAUGCUGGCUUUGGUGAUGUUCUCCAUGGGCUGCAAUGUGGAACUUAAGAAUUUCUUGUGCCACCUAAAAAGACCAUGGGGUAUAUUUGUGGGUUUCCUUUGCCAGUUUGGAAUUAUGCCUCUCACAGCCUUCUUGCUCUCUUUGGCCUUUAACAUCCUUCCUAUUCAAGCUGUUGUGGUGAUGAUCAUGGGAUGCUGCCCAGGGGGCACAGCCUCGAAUGUCAUCGCCUACUGGGUGGAUGGAGACAUGGACCUAAGCAUCAGCAUGACAACUUGCUCCACUCUGCUUGCAAUGGGAAUGAUGCCACUUUGUCUCUUUAUUUACACCAAGAUGUGGACUGAUUCUGAUGCAAUUGUACUCCCCUAUGACAGUAUUGGACUGUCUCUGGUAGCUCUUGUGAUUCCUGUUUCAUUUGGAAUAUUUGUCAACCACAAAUGGCCUAGUAAAGCGAAAAUCAUACUAAAGGUUGGUUCCAUUGUGGGAGCAGUGCUCAUCGUGCUCAUUGCUAUAGUUGGGGGAAUACUCUACAAAGGCUCCUGGAUUAUCUCACCAAAGUUAUGGAUCAUUGGCACCAUAUUUCCAGCGGCUGGCUAUUCUUUAGGAUUCCUUCUGGCUCGUAUAGCUGGUCUGUCUUGGCACAGAUGUCGUACAGUGUCUCUGGAAACAGGCAUGCAAAACACUCAGCUAUGUUCCACUAUAGUACAGCUCUCAUUCACUCCUGAACAACUUGAACUGAUGUUUACUUUCCCACUCGUCUACAGCAUUUUCCAGCUGUUGUUUGCCCUACUCAUUUUAGGAGGCUACCGUCUUUACAGAAGACACCGACUCAAAACAAAGACAGAUGUUGAGAAAACAGCACAAGAAGAGGAUUCAAAACCAAGUGCUAACAUAAAUGGAGGAUAUAUAUCAGAUGAGAUGAAAUAGACAAUUACAUCUGCUCCCACCAGCUGUGAAGAUAAAGAAUAUAUGGUUUAUUUAAAACUAUUUUUUUCACAUGCUGGUUUUUCAUGGAAAUACUUAACAAAAGAAGAAGUUCUGCUGAUACUGUACAGUGAGACUUUAAAAUAAUUAACUUAAGAAAGAUCUACUUUGAUUUUUAACACGGUUUUUGCCACAACUGUAGAAUCUGGUUUUGAGGCCAAUUCCCUAUAAAUAUGUAAUGUUUUAUGAUGGAUUAUUUAACAAAAAGCAGAAUAAAUGUGGACUAUUGAUAAAAAGAAGCAGAUAUCUGCAAUACCAUCUCCAGCCCAUGGUCCUGCAAAUCCCUCUGCUAGUCUUGGCCCCACACAAAACAAAGAGAAAUCUUGUGAAAGUGUCUGAGCAGGAACAGAAGUUGAUUUGGAAGAUCUGUUAAGUCUGAAUACGAAUCAAGCAUGAAAUUGGACCAAGCCAAUAAUGAAAUAAAUAUUUCAUUUAGGUGGGUCUGGGCAGACUAAAGCACUGUAUUAAUUGCUGGAAGCAUUAAUUUAUUCUAAAGCUAUAAUUUUAGCAAGGGUAGGCACCUUAUGACUCCAUUUUUUUUUUCCCCAAAGUAAUAGAAUGUAACAGUCCUACAUCUUUGGCGUGGGUCUUUUAGGUUCUGGAAACAGGAACAGAGAGAGACAAAGGUGAGGGCUUAAGCCUUGAGCAAUUUUAGUGACAGCAGUGACAGCUGCAUACAAAGGAGAAAGCAGAGGCUCUGGAAGUGUCAGAAAUUAUCAGCUUCUGCACUGAAAGAAAGGAAGGCAUUUGAAAAAAGGAACAAAAAAUAUCCCUUGUUCAUCUAAGACUGCUUCCACCAACCUUAACAUAAAACAGCAGUGCUUGGAGAGAGUUACAUAUUUUUGUUAUUUUAUGAGCUAAAUUUGAACCUGCCAGAUGUCUAUGACAUGUAGACAUUGAUAUAGUUGGCAAUUUUAAGAUUAUAUUUAUAUCAACCACAAAUAGAUAUAAUUGGAUGUACACAUACAUUAUACAUUGUUUGUUUCUGAAAAUUCAAGAGUACAUGUGGAAAUCUCUCCUAAUUAUGUGGAGAAAAUGAGUACAAUUCUAGGAGAAACAGUGCAGUAAACUCCUUGCAGCUGUAAUUUUUUAAGGAAACACUCAGUAACAUUAGUCCUGUAGCUGCUAUGUAAAGAAAAUACACAGAAAACUUCAGUUUUCUGAAGUUUCAGAGUGAGAGGUUAGCUGACCAAAAAAUUCAAGAGUGAACUGACUAUCAGCAAAUGUAAACAAUGCAUCUUUCUGUUAUAUUCAAGUGGAACUUCCAAGGUAUGGUGAGUUAAUGUGGCAGGUUUUUUACAAACACAACUGAAAUUGUAGAAUUUAAGUUCCCAACAUGAAGCUUUCCACUGCUGCAGAAACAUGCCCAGUAAUAAACAAAGAAUAAAUUCUUGUUGUCUACCAUAUUUUGGAGAAAGGGUCCCAAAUUGUUCCUGAGUUCUGUGAGGCUUGAAGCUGCUUUACUUUUGGCAGGGAUAUCAGAACUUUCAAGGAGUUCAAUACUGAGUGGGAGUUAGUACACAAUGAGGUGUUCUGUGUUUUAUAGAACAGAGAUUAAACAAAACAAUGUGGAAAAGACUGUUAUGGAGAAAUCAUUAAUUGUGAAAUAACACAUUCAUCAAAAAAAGGAUAAACUGUUAUUUGUAACAUCUGUAUAAAAUGGUUAUUGUCUUGCUCCUGCAUCUGUCAAAAAAUGGACAGUGGAAGUUAGUUAGGAUCAUGUCUGUCUCACACACGAGGCUGCUGCUCUUCCCCCAUGCUUGCUGAACUUCAAUGUUUCUGUGUGUAUUUCAAGCAGAUAUUGAAAAUGUGUUGAAGAAUAAUAGUUUGUCUUGCUUAUACUCUCUGUGUGUGUAUGUGUCUGUGUGCUUCUGUGUCUAUUUAACACAACUGUAUAAACAUUAAACUAAAUA